UAAACCAACCACGAGAAAGAAAAUAUAGCAAGGGUGGAGAACGUUGUUUACUAUUUUUUCUGAACAAAGAAAAUAACAUAAGACGUGUCGUUGGCCAUUGAAAACGCGCAAACGGCCUUCUCGUGCGUCCUCUUCCUUUUCGUCUUCUUUCUUUUUUUAUUUUCCCUCCUUUCCUGGCCGACCCGUUUCGUCUUCUUCUUCUUCUGAACUCGGCCAUGAAAUCUACGCAAAACCCACCUGCUUAAACCACCCCAAAAGCUUAAAAAGCUAAGCUUUAUACAAUUUUUUUAUUCUUUUCCAUACUGGGUAUACAUUAGAUUUUAAGACUCUUGCGUUCAAAUGGAUCCUCGAACGAGAUUGGCUUUGUUGGGUUUGUUGACGUUUUUGGCUUCCUUUUUGAGUGUUGAUGGGAACUUUGUGUUCUCUGUGCACAAUAAGUUUAAGGGCAAAGAGCUUUCUAUGAGUUCAUUGAAAGAUCACGAUGUCCGUCGCCAUCGUAGAAUUCUUUCGGCUGUGGAUCUGGAAUUGGGUGGCAAUGGUCUCCCGUCUGAAACCGGGCUGUACUUCGCUAGAAUAGGGAUCGGGUCUCCUUCAACUGAUUAUUUUGUGCAAGUUGAUACUGGAAGUGACAUUCUAUGGGUGAAUUGCAUUGGCUGUGAGAAGUGUCCAAAGAAAAGCAAUCUUGGUAUAGAUCUCACAUUAUAUGACCCAAAGAGCUCCUCAACUUCUAAAUUGGUUAAUUGUGAUCAAGAUUUUUGCACUGCCACAUAUGAUGGCCAACUUCCUGGUUGCAAGCCAGAUUUGCUAUGCCAAUACAAUGUUGUUUACGGAGAUGGAAGCUCGACUGCUGGCUACUUUGUGAAGGAUACUUUACACUUCAAUAAAGUGACUGGAAAUCGUCAAACGGCAACAACAAAUGGCAGUGUAAUAUUUGGUUGUGGAGCUAAACAAUCUGGGGAGCUAGGCACAUCGUCUGAAGCUCUUGACGGAAUACUAGGUUUUGGACAGGCGAAUUCAUCCAUGCUCUCACAGCUUGCUUUAGCUGGAAAGGUGAAAAAGUCAUUUGCACACUGCUUAGAUACCGCUAAUGGUGGGGGAAUUUUUGCUAUUGGGGAAGUGGUGCAGCCCAAAGUAAAGACAACUCCAUUGGUACCAAAUCAGGCGCAUUACAAUGUUGUUAUGAAGGCAAUUGAGGUGGGUGAUGAUGUUCUCCAACUUCCCACAGAUAUAUUUGAUGCUGGAGAUGGAAAAGGAACUAUAAUCGAUAGCGGUACAACAUUGGCUUAUCUUCCAGAGUUGGUUUAUGAGGGAGUGAUGACUAAGAUCAUGUCUCGGCAACCUAAUUUGAAAUUACAUACCGUUGAAGAUCAGUUUUCUUGUUUCCAGUUUACUUCGAAUGUCGAUGAUGGAUUUCCUACUGUAACCUUCAAUUUUGACAAGUCUCUUACUUUGACUGCUUAUCCUCAUGAUUAUUUAUUCCAGAUUCGUGAGGAUAUUUGGUGCAUUGGUUGGCAGAACAGUGGGUUGCAAUCCAAGGAUGGAAAGGAAAUGACUCUUUUAGGAGAUAUGGUGCUUUCAAAUAAGCUGGUUUUAUAUGAUCUUGAGAAUCAAGCUAUUGGGUGGACUGAAUAUAAUUGCUCUACAAGCAUCAAAGUGAAAGAUGAAAGUACAGGAGCAAUCUACACUGUUGGAGCUCACAAUAUUUCAUCUGCUACCAACCAGAUAGUGGGAAAAACCUUGACAUUCUUGUUGAUAAUGAUUGCCAUGCUGCAAAUUUUUACAUGUUAGAAACAUUUGAACUAGUGACAAAAGACAUCCACAAUUUUUGCUGUACCAUAAUUUAUUCAAUAGAAAUUUGUGCGUGAUAUGAUUCUGAAA